AUGAACGACAUAUUACCAGCUCCAAGUCUUGUUAAAUAUAGUAAUCCAAUUCUCAUAUCUAACAGUUAAAAGAAACAAAUAAAAUAAUCCCCUCCAAGUAAUACUGAAGACAUUUUGAAUGCAAUUCUCCUUCCUCGAGAAUUUAAUCAUUAGAAAAAUUAAUUGCAAAUUUAAUGUGUUUCUCCUGCACCUUCAACUAAAUAAGAUGUGCUAGAAUUAUAAGAUAAAUUAGAUAAAUGGCUAUAAUAAAAGCUCGCCAGGGAGACUGGCUUAUGUCCAAUUAGGGAGGAGUUAUAUUCAUAAUGUUUUGAUGAAUUAAUACGAUAAAUCACAAUUAAUUGUGCAGAAAGAGGUAUGUUACUAGUGACAGUACGUAAUGAAGUUCGAAUGGUUAUUUAGACAUAUUAAACUUUAUAUGCCUCAAGCAUUGCAUUUGGAAUGAGAAAGUUUUUAUCUGAAGAAGAAAAAAAAGUAUAAAAUAUUUAUAAAAUAUAGGCUGAAUAAAGAUUCAGAAUAAAAUAAUUAGAAUAAGAAUGUUCUGAGCUCUAAAGAUAAGUUGAAAAUUUAGAAUAGAAACUCUAAGACACAAAACAUUAGGAUUAAUAAAAUAGAGAAUAAACAAAAGAAACACAUAUGGAAAUUAUAAACUAAUUAAAAACUGACAUAAAAAAUAAAGUCUCUGGUGAUUUAGAUAAAAUACUAACUGGAUAAAAAAAAUUACCAGAUAAAAAAUGA